UUUUAUGCGUAUUCAUUUUUAAUAUGACGAUCAUAAUAUAAUUUCAUAAUACCUAAAUAUGUUGUGUUCAUAUACCUAUUGCCACUAGUACGUGGAUAAUAUUUCAUUGUAUAAUUUAUUGAAGAUUUUAUAGAAAAAUACGCGAGUUAAAAAAAAAAAUCAGCACAUUCAGUCCAUUGACGGUUUCGAUUAAAUUACUCUAUAUUACUUAUUUUUAAUAUGCAUUCUGAAUCGUUAAUUGAAUAUAUGCUCAUAAACUAUCGAUGGGUGUUCGUGGUUUUCUUUCUUUUGCCGUGUACCGUGUUGGGUAAGAUAUGGUCGGUAUUUGAAAAAAGUUUAUGGUCACGUCAUUCCGGACUGGUUCACGAAAAAAAUCUUAGCAACAUUCAACGCCAGAUCCGACAUCGAAAUAAACAUGCUCCCGAUCAAGUUAUGUGUACGGCUAGACCAAGUUGGAGGAGUAUGACUAUAGCUGACAUGGCUUACAAAAAAUACAUGUUCAAUAUAAACGUCCACUUAGAUGGAAUAAUUUUGAUCGACACUGAGACUCGAGUAAGCAAUCGCACCUAUAGUAAUACCAAGAUAGUCAGAGUAGAACCGGGUAUUACCAUGGGGCGAUUGAUUCCUAUUUUGAUUGAAUCCGGUUGGACGGUACCCGUGGCCUUGGAUAUGGAAGAUCUAACUAUCGGCGGUCUGGUUAUGGGAAUUGGAUUGGAAUCGUCAUCGCACAAAUUCGGAUUAUUUCACGAAUCAUGUAUACGUUAUGAACUCAUUACGGCCAAUGGCGAUUUGAUUAUAUGCUCAAAGUCAGUGAAUACAGACGUUUUCGAGUCCGUACCACAUUCGUAUGGCACUUUGGGAUUUUUAACAGCAGUCGAUAUUCAAAUAAUACCUGCGAAAAAAUAUGUGAAACUCAAGUACCACCCAAUUCAUACUUUAGAAAAAAUGGAAUCCAGAUUGAUUGCGGAAAUUAGUAAUUUAGAACAUAAUGAUUUUGUCGAGCUUUUAAUAUAUAACAAAGACGAAGGAGUUUUGAUGACUGGAAAAAUGACAGACGGCUAUAGAGACACUGAAAAAAAUGUGAACAGAAUUGGUCGAUAUUAUAAACCAUGGUUUUUUAAACACGUUGAAUCGUUCCUAAUGACAUGGAAAAUUGGCGAGGAAUAUAUUCCGCUAAAAGAUUAUUAUUUUAGACAUAAUAAAUCAUUAUUUUGGGAAAUCCAGGAUAUAAUACCUUUCGGAAAUCAUCCAGUUUUUCGUUAUCUACUAGGAUGGUUGAUGCCAGCAAAGGUAGCUUUAUUGAAAUUGACACAAACAGAUACAAUCAAACAGUUAUAUGAUAAACAUCAUUUCAUAGAUGAUUUCAUAUUACCAAUUUCCAGUUUGAAAAAAUCGGUUGAAAAAUUUCAUACAACUCUCAAUAUUUAUCCAAUUUGGGUUUGUCCACUUGUUUUGCGUCCAGGAAAAGGUCUUAUACAUUCAUACACAGCAGUAGACAAUAUGUACAUUGAUAUUGGAUUAUAUGGUGAACCUAAAGUCACUAAAUAUAACACGGCUAUUUUAAGAGAUUUAGAAAUAUUUGUACUUAAAUUAAAAGGAUUUAAGAUGAUGUAUGUAGGUACAUAUUUAAAUAUAGAUGAGUUCAAGACAAUGUUUGAUCAUCGAUUGUAUGAUCAAAUAAGACAACAUCUUGGGUGUAAAUCAAACUUUCCAGAAGUGUAUGACAAAGUAAAUAGGGAAGUUAGAGUAUAAUAUUAUGUUUAAAUUUAUAUUAAAUAAAAUUUUUUUUAUAAAAUCAUGAACUUACGUAUAAUAUAUUAUUAUAUUUUAACUACACAUAUUUUAUAAUACAAAAUCUUUAUUUCAACUUCAAAUUAAGAUAGUUACCAAAAGAUAAGAAAGUGUUAAUAAAUAUGAAAAAUAAAUAAUUUAUCAACAUUAGGUCCGUCAAUGAUUUAAAAUAACAAUAUA